CUAUAUAUACACCCUCUUUCGUUUUGUAUCUCAGUGUGCCAAUCUCAGUUCUCUAUACCUGCUUGCACUGACUGAGGUAGCCAAAUAUGGACUACUCAAAUUUGCGGCGCCAGAUCAUUUCCAUGAAGAAAAGCCUCUUCGAUCAGGGUUACCUGGAUGAACAGUUUAAUCAGCUGGAAGAACUGCAGGAUGAUUCAAGCCCCAAUUUUGUUGAAGAAGUGGUGGCUUUGUUUUUCAAAGAUUCAUCAAGGUUGUUGACAAACAUCGAGCGAGCACUUGAGAAGUACCCUCAGGAUUUCUACCGGUUGGAUUCUUUGGCGCACCAGUUCAAAGGCAGUGGAUCAAGCAUCGGUGCUCUGAGGAUGAAGAAUGAGUGCUCCAUGUUUAAAGCACACUGCAGUGACAGGAAUCUGGAAGGAUGCCGCAGGUCGCUCCAGAAGAUGAAGAGGGAGCAUGCCACCCUGAAGCAGAAGCUGGAGACAUAUUUUCAGUUGCUGAGGCAAGUCGGUCCUCGAGAGCGCGCGGUGAACUCAUGGAAGUAACAAGAAUAGCAUGGAAUGCAGUUACAAAGGAAAUAAUGGUGUGGACUACCUUCUGUUCCUUUGGACAAGUAGUAUAUGCCCCUGAAGUUUUGCCCCCAUUUGUUGCUUUUGUCCCAUGCAGUUACAAAGGAAAUAAUGGUGUGGACUACCUUCUGUUCCUUUGGACAAGUAGUAUAUGCCCCUGAAGUUUUGCCCCCUAUUGUUGCUUUUGUUGCUCAUGAGUCAUGGGUAGGGGUGCCAAUUGGUAUCCAUUGGGUACCCCUCCAACCCUUCCUAGUUCAAAAUUUUAUACUAAAUCUCCAAAACCAUAUCUCAAUUUGAAAAAUUAGUAUAAAAUUUUGAACUAAAGAGGAUUGGAGGUGCAUGUAAGAAUCACCCAUUUGCACCCCUAGUCAUAGGUGACGUGCUUGUGGUGUUUAUACCGUCUGGUGUUGUUGUAUACAGUUCGCAUGCUCCUUGGUUAAAUGUGGAGUCUCACAAUGUUUUUGUACCCUGAAAUGUAAUGGUAUCAAUAUAUAUGGGUUCUGUCGUACGAUA